AUGGACGGGAAAAUGGGUUCUUUCGAGUGCGUCGCAAACUCGCUUUCGUCGGCCACUGAAAGCUGCUGCAAGAUGGUCAAGGACUGGAUCGAAGAUUCAUUACUGUCGGGCGGCAGCGUUUUCCUUGGACAUCUAGACUGUGCCAGAGUUCUCGUUGAACAAGAAAUGCGAAUGUGGAAGAACUCAGCACAGGCAGUACUUUUGAACACUGUUUCUAUUCUCAUAUACUGGGAAAAUUUCAAAUAUUCGUUUAAAAGUCCAGGGUUUGCUUUGGUUUGUGUACGAUUCACGGGAGAUUCUUGCACGGAGCUCGGCCUCUGUGGUGCGCUACCGUCGGGGACCAGUACGCUGGUUAUUGACACCUACCUCCUUUCCAAAGGAGCCAAUGUGAAUGGCAUUACCAGAUUCAAAAGCACUCCUCUGCGAGCAGCGUGUAUCCAUGGCCACCUCGAUAUUGCCAAACUUCUUGUGGCACACGGAGCCUCCACCGAGACUACUGAUCCAUACUCGUUCACUUGUCUGAUGCUCGCUGCUCACAACCGCCGUCUGGAAAUUGUCCCUGCACACGAGGAGUUCAGAGAAGUCACCACCUUAGAGCAACUAGAGGCCAUAGAGACUGACUUCGAGUCAGUCCACGUCAGUCCUCUCCUCGUGAAGGCGAGGGUUUUAGGACCCGAUCAUUUACCACACUGCUAUAUAUCCGGGACGCAGGUCUCGACUACGCAAAUGACGGUGCUUUCAAGCAAUGCAUCAACCGUGGGUUCACGCUAUCGAAGUGCAAUAUUCCGGCUAAAACCACUCAACCACGCUAGGCUCUACCACUUCAGGUCAUUCGUGGGGCUGUUUUCAUCCCUGACGGACGCAGAGCAUCCACAGCUCUCGUCCUCUCAGAUACACACUUUCAGGAGUGCGUUGUAUCAACUACUGAAGAAGGAUCCAAGGGAUGCAGCGGGUUGGAGCCUUCUCCACAUCGCCUGCUGUAGAAGCUUUAAGCUCAUGGACGGGUUUUCAGUGCCGGUGUCUAGCACUCCUAGAAAGACAGUCAUCGACCUCCUGCUGGACACCGGUGCAGAUCCUUGCGCCACCGACAAGGAGGGCAACACGCCCCUCCACACGCUUUUGCCAAAAAUGAGGAUGCUCCAAGGCAUGGUCGAGUCACUUCUUUUGCGAGCCGGUGGUCACUUAGACGCCAUGAAUAGCCGAAGGCAGACGUUCUGGUCACUGAGGGGUUGUUCCCUGGGAACCCGUUCUUUCUAA